CAACCUUGUAUGCGAGAGCAGGAAGCAGAAACGGGCGGAUGGAGGAACAGUUAGUCGUCUGGGUUCCACUUUGAUCGCUUUACUGUUGGACUGAAGCGCGUUUACACGCUUUAAGGGGCUGUAAACACACUCCAACCCUCUCAGGAUUACACACUGCGCUACUGCACACACUUAGACCUGGUUUAUACCGCGCAUUAUAUACACACAGCCGUGUGGACUCGGACAAGGGCGUGUGUGUGUGUGUGUGUGUGAGAGAGUGUGUGUGAGAGUGUCGGGUUGUUAUCGGGGAGAAGAAGCCUUGGAUGGUGAAUAGUGUGUGUGAGUGUGUGUAAGAGAGUGUGUUAGAGAGAGAGAGAGAGAGAGAGAGUGUGUGUGUGUGUGUGUGUGUGUGUGUGUGUGUGUGUGUGUGUGUGUGUGUGUGUGUGUGUGUGUGAGGGAGGAUGGGCUGCACGCUGAGUACCGAGGACAAGGCGGCGGUGGAGAGGAGCCGCAGAAUAGACCGGAAUCUGCGGGACGAUGGAGAGAAAGCAGCGAGAGAGGUUAAACUACUGCUACUGGGAGCGGGUGAGUCAGGGAAGAGUACAAUAGUCAAGCAGAUGAAGAUUAUCCAUGAGGCUGGUUACUCAGAGGAGGAGUGUAAGCAGUACAAGGCCGUGGUCUACAGUAACACCAUCCAGUCCAUCAUCGCCAUCAUCCGCGCUAUGGGACGCCUGAAAAUCGACUUUGGAGACGCAGCUCGAGCGGAUGAUGCUCGGCAGCUGUUUGUGCUAGCGGGCAGUGCGGAGGAGGGCUUCAUGACGGCUGAGUUGGCAGGAGUGAUAAAGCGCCUGUGGAAGGAUGGAGGAGUUCAGGCCUGCUUCAGUCGCUCACGAGAGUAUCAGCUCAAUGACUCUGCUGCAUAUUAUCUGAACGAUCUGGACAGAAUAUCGCAGCCCACCUACAUCCCUACGCAGCAGGACGUCCUGAGGACUCGUGUCAAAACCACCGGCAUUGUGGAGACUCACUUCACCUUCAAGGACCUGCACUUUAAGAUGUUUGAUGUUGGAGGUCAGAGGUCAGAGAGGAAGAAGUGGAUCCACUGUUUCGAAGGCGUGACGGCCAUCAUCUUCUGCGUGGCUCUCAGUGACUACGACCUGGUGCUGGCCGAGGACGAGGAGAUGAACCGAAUGCAUGAGAGCAUGAAGCUGUUCGACAGCAUCUGCAACAACAAGUGGUUCACAGACACGUCCAUCAUCCUGUUCCUCAACAAGAAGGAUCUGUUUGAGGAGAAGAUUAAAAAGAGCCCACUCACCAUCUGUUACCCUGAGUAUGCAGGCUCCAACACGUACGAGGAGGCAGCAGCGUAUAUCCAGUGUCAGUUUGAGGACCUGAAUAAGAGGAAGGACACCAAGGAGAUCUACACACACUUCACCUGCGCCACCGACACCAAGAACGUCCAGUUUGUCUUCGACGCCGUCACUGAUGUCAUCAUCAAGAACAACCUGAAAGACUGCGGACUCUUCUAGAACCUCCCACGGUGGAGAUUACAGUGUUUGGUGUUUUCCCAUGAGGUUGUGUGUGUGUGUGUGUGUGUGUGUGUGUGUGUGUGUGUUGUACAUUGCGUCUCGUCCCUCUGCUUUGUAUUUAUGCUUUUCAUCUCUUUUUAACGUCAAUGAUCCAGAGGUAACAUUUUAACCCUCGUUGCCAUGACGCUUUUUCAUCCACCUUUUAAUUUCCCUCCGUCACGUUUCUCUCACGUUCUGUCGGUGUUUUUAAAACGGACGUGUUUUUAAUUCUCUUCCUCUCCUGCGUCCUUCUGGACCGUUUUACAGCAGAGGGACAUUUCGGCUGUCAGGUUUUUGUGCCUUGGCGUGAUUUUAUUUUUCAGUUUUUUUGCUCGUGUGCAGUGUUUCUUCUUCCAUUAAAAAAAAAUAUCUCCUAAUGUCUAUUCUGUAAAUAAAACUUUGUAAUUGGUCUAAAGGGGCGGAGCUUAUAGCAAACACCAGAAGAGGGUGGGGCCUAUAGAAAAAGUGCAGAAGAGGGCGGAGCUUAGUGUAAACUCGAUCGGCAGACGUGUCACUAUUUUGAUGAUUUAUUUCUUGACAGAACACUUUGUAUAAUUACUCAGUUAGCUUAGCUAACCCAUUUACAGAUGCUAACUGGAUUAGCUAAGGUAGUCUGAUAUUAAGCAGCUAGCUAGCAUUAUAGUGUAUAACACCAUGGCGUUAUUAAGUGAGCUAGUCAUCCGCCCAGUGACACGCGUCAUCUCUACAGCAGUAGCUAUGUAGUUUAAGUAGUUUGCUACGUUCUAUUGUAAGCUAACUUUGGGCUAGUUACUUAGCCACAGAAUCGAACCUUUCAAGUUUCUUUUGUUUUUCAAUGUUUUUUUUUUUUUUUUUUUAAAGUUUCUAAAUCAUGCACAAUGCUAAUCUGUUUCACUUUGCUAACAUUAGCAUUUCACCACUAGUGGUAGCUGUGUUGGGUUACUAGCAUGCUAGAAAGGACUAGCAUUAGCACGCUGGCAUUGUUAAAAAGAUAUAGGCUUUGGUUAUGCUUUGAAAUAGUUUAGCAGUAUGUUAGCUAACACAGUGCUGAGAGAAGGUUAGCUUCUGGUGUUGUGUCACACUGAUGAGGUUAUAAUCACAUCGGUGGUGGAGGGAUUGGGUUUUAAUUAGGCUCCGCCUAUUUUGGACCACGGUGUGUGUGAAUGUGUGUGUGUGUGUGUGUGUGUGUCUGAUCAGAGCUGAAUGUUGGUUUUAUGUUCCGUCUCCAUGGCAACAAGAAGAUGCUUCAGACAGAGUGGCUCUGCUGUUGAAUGACGUUAAUGUGUGUGUGUGUGUGUGUGUGUGUGUGCGCGCUCCCAGAAGCCUCGGCUAGACGCCAUCUCACACACUCACCCCUUAGGAUCUGUUUUAAAGUUUUAACAAACACGCCUGUGUUGAGUAAUUCGUAAUGAUGAUUAUGAUGAUGAUGAUUUAUCCACUUUCUCUCUCUCUUUCUCUCUUUCUCUCUCUGAACAUUUGUACACUCAUGUCCCUUAUUUUGCUAAUAAAAAACAUUUGCAAUCCA